CGCUGCCCAUCCUGUCAGGCUCCAUUUGCCGGGGCGUCACUGCGCGCAUGCGCAGUGUGACCCGCAUGACGUCACGGGGAGAGGUGAGGACGAGGAGACGAGAGGAGUGGGCCCAGAAAGAAAAAAAGAGCGUGCUUCUUGAACCCGGGCGCGUUGCGAACCGCCGAGGAUGAGCACGGCGCAGCUGAACGGCCACCCUGGGGGGGCCGACGAUGAUGACGCGGUGGCCGGGGAGGGCGAGGGACACCGUGAGAUGGCCGUAGACUGCCCUGCGGAGUUGGGGCCGCGCACCCACGCGGUGCAGCAGAGCUUCCGCUCGCUGCAGCUGGAGCGCAUCAAGCAGCAGCAGGACGACAUGCGCCGUCGGCGUGAGGAAGAGGAGCGGAAGCUGCGGGAAUUGGACAUCAAUGCCUCGAUCCGUUUAAAGCAUCUGGCACAAGUUCCGCCCAAGAUCGGCAUCGACAACCCCAACUUCGACCAGGAGGAGGAAGGCGUUGUCCUCUCCACCUCUGCUGGUUGGAAUGCGGCUCACAUCCUAGAUUUGGACGAGCUGCAGACGUCGGUGCAGCUGAUGCAGAACCUCUUGAAGGACAACCAAAGUGCGCAGGACCUGGACGUGCUCAGCCAGCUGCUGCAGUCGGCCGACUUCCGCAAAGCGCUGAGCAUCCACAACGCGGUGGCCUUCUACAUGAAGCGGCCCAGCCCGCCCUUCCCCCGCUGUGGAAACGCCCAGCAGAUCGCCCAAGACGUCAGAAAUCACCUGAACACAUCCCAUCAGAAGGAGGGACAUGAGCUGCGGUCCUUGCUGGGAGGAAGUGACUUCCAGGCCAUGCUGUUUGUGCACGACGCAGUGGCCCAGCGGGAGAUGUCCACCGAGGCGACGCUGGCGGGCGAGUGGACAAAGCGGCUGUCCCAGCACGGGGAGGAGACGGUGCGCGUGGUGCGCAUAGACAAGGCGCGCGACGUGCCGCUGGGGGCGACGGUGCGGAACGACGGGGAGUCCGUGGUGAUCAGCCGUGUGGUGCGCGGGGGCGCAGCAGAGAAGAGCGGCCUCCUGCACGAGGGAGACGAGAUCCUGGAGAUCAACAACAUCCCCAUGCGGGGCAAGGACGUGAACGAGGUGUUUGACCUGCUGGCCGAAAUGCACGGAGUUCUGACGUUCGUCAUCAUCCCGACUCGUUUCCACAAAGCUACACAACCCAAAGAAACUGUGGUGCACAUGAAGGCCCUGUUUGACUACGACCCGCUGGACGACCCCUACAUCCCGUGCCGCGAGCUGGGCCUGUCCUUCCAGAAGGGCGACGUGCUACACAUCAUGAGCCAGGAGGACCCCAACUGGUGGCAGGCGUUCCGCGAGGGUGAGGAGGUGAACCAGCCACUGGCCGGCCUCGUACCAGGGAAAAGCUUCCAACAGCAACGGGAGGUCAUGAAGCAGACGGUGGAGGAGGAUGACAAUAUGGAGAAGUCGGGAAAGCUGUGGUGCGCCAAGAAGAACAAGAAGAAGAGGAAGAAGCUUUACGAGAUGGAUGCCGAUGAAAUCCUGACGUACGAGGAGAUGGCGCUAUACCACCAGCCUGCGAACCGCAAGAGACCCAUUGUGCUCAUCGGGCCUCCCAACUGUGGCCGCAACGAGCUACGAACGAGACUCAUGGAGAGUGACGCGGACCGUUUUGCUGCCGCAACGCCCCACACGACGCGUGGCAUGAGGGACAACGAGGUGGACGGGCGCGACUACCACUUCGUGUCGCGGCAGGCGUUUGAGGCGGACAUUGGAGUUCACAAAUUCAUUGAGCAUGGCGAGUUCGAGAAGAACCUCUACGGCACCAGCAUCGACUCGGUGCGACAAGUCAUCAACUCGGGCAAGAUCUGCGUCCUCAACCUGCACACCCAGUCGUUGAAGCUGUUAAAGAAUUCCGAUUUGAAGCCGUACAUAAUUUUUGUGGCACCGCCGUCACAAGAACGACUCCGAGCCAUGAUGGCAAAAGAAUCAAAGAACCCCAAACCAGAGGAGCUGCGAGAGGUGAUCGAAAAGGCCCGCGAGAUGGAGCAGGGCUACGGCCACUACUUCGAUGGCAUCAUCGUGAACGCCGACCUGGACAAAGCCCACCAGGAGCUGCUGCGGCAUGUCAACAAGCUGGACACUGAGCCACAGUGGGUGCCGUCCUCGUGGCUGCGCUGAGCAAGCCCUCGAGAACCCCCCCCCCACCACCCCGACUCUACCGUGGCCAGCUGUCGAUGCGUGUCAUGCGGUGUGAAUGUCUGUCGCAGUACGCUUUCACGAAAAUGCUGCUGGAAUUCGAGUUGUGCAUUGCGGUGCCUUUCAACAGCACCGGCCGUUCACUCACUCCCCCCCAUUUCCCACUGCCCAAGCUCCGCUGUUGGCCUCAACACGGCUGCUGACAGCAAAUUUCACGAGGCCGCACGAGUCUAAAUCCCGCGUAGCGUCGCAAUAUCGUUUCGUCAAUGUGAAGGGUGCUCAUGUUCAUCCUGCUCACCACGUAGAUCAGAGGAGUACCGCGCUUGGCUUCUGCGCAAGCACAGCGCUACCACGGAGGACUCUUUAAUACAAAUUUACAGAAUUUCUGAGUCGUUGGCAUACCCAGCAUUCAACCGGAUAUUGCAACGUUCGUUGAAAGCGCUGCUUGGCUUGAUAGUCAUAACUUGAUAUGAGGAUUUUUUUUUUAUCAAUUGGCUCGUGCUGUAGAGUCUGGUAGUAAUCUUGGGAUAUCAUAGGGCGAGAGAGACGUGUUUUAAUACCUUAGGCCGCGGAAUAAUCUGAACAAAUUUGUUGCGAAGCUAACCAAAUUGUUACGUGGCCUAACCCAAAAAUAUAUUAUGAAUCAUAUCGGCGGCGAAACCCUAUGUGGCAAGUUAACAUGAUCUCAAUCUUCGUGGAAUCAUCAUCAUCAUCAUCUCGUCUCCUACUUGCCGGUGCAAACGUGGGCUCUAUGCAAAAUUGGCCGCACUUAAAAUAUCAACACAAAGGCCUAUUAUUAUUUUACACCAGUACAGAUCGUAGCACCGGUGCGCGUAUCAUAUCAGCAUUUGCGUGUAUGACUUGGGCGUAGACAUCGGACCGCACCGUCGGUGUAGUUCGGUGGUGAUGCUCAGCGGCCCCGGGAGUCACCAACCCAGAGGGGCUCCGUGGCCUUGAUGGUUCCUUCAGAUCGCGUCUUGGCCGAAGCUGUUGAUGCCACCCACAUUACAACACCGAGACUGAUUUGUCAAUUUAACAUCAGCUGAGAAGCAGCUGACAUUCUCGCUUUUUUAUUAUAAUUGAUUGGAUGAUUAAACGUUGAUCAAUAUCUUUUGGACAGUAACUUGUUUAAAAAUUUGCUAUGAUGACAUAAUGCCUUACAAUUUUGAAUGGUGAAGUUAAAGGUUAUAACAUCCACUUCACAUUUGGUAUAUGAGAAUUUCUCACUGAGACCAUUAAGCAACUACAGGAAUUGAACUAACUACAAUUUAAAGUACCGGAACCGUUUCACUACCAUGAGAGGUCUUCCGUGCAGCAUUGUGCUGCCAGGAGAAUUCUGAGUGAGCACGGUUCUCUUGUACUGAUGAUCGGUAAUGGUUUUCUUGUACUGUUGAUCGGUAAUGGUCACUUGUACUGAUGAUUGGUAAUGGUUAACUGGUACUGAUGAUCGGUAGUGCGCGUUUAUACACGGUGCUCCGCUACGUUGAAACGUGGAGAUACCACGCCUUGUAGAGCCCUCAUCCUGGCAGCAAAGAUAUAUAAAUGUCCUCGUUGCUCAGACGAGCAGUGGGGCGGCACUCGUCUCCUUUGGUGGCUUUGAGCCAGUGGUGGAAAUUCCACGUUGCCCUGGAGGGGUACAGUCUCUCCAUUGGAUGAUCACAUUGCUGGGAUUCCCACAGGACUGGUGCUUAUCUUAACCCUGGGGGAUGGUCGGCUGAGUCGAGCAACGCAGACGUCAGCGUCGUGGAGAGUACAAGUAACAGAAUAACUAAACAGAAUAUGUGCCCCCUUUCCAUAUCUGUCCCUCCACAUAGAAUACAAGUAUACUUUACUUUGUAUGUAUGCAUGUUGAACUUAUGUCGCACCAUACGUAGUCAACUGUGCUAAUCGGAGCAUUCCACCAGCCGCACGGCCUUCUGGGAAUGGUUGAACUAAACGCAUAUCUCGGACCGACAUCUAACAAAGAGGGUCCUUGCCUAUAAACAUCUGGCAGUUUGAGCUUUUUUUCAAAUAAGCCCGACGACACACUGAAUGUCGAAACUGGCCCAGAGUUUACUUGUGUUGAACCAUUGCUAAAAUUCUGCGCUCCCAGGUGGAUCUGUAAAACAUUUAUAUAUUUUUGCAUAUGUGGAGGAGGCAUAUGGUUGCUUAUUGGUCUUGUCUCUUGAGUCAGCUUUGGCGAGCAUGUUGGUGGUGAUGGUGGUGGGAGUAGUGUAGCGGUUAGCGUUACGCUGCGCUACGAACCCGGCGACCCAAGUUCGAUUCUCGCUCACGGCCACCAACAACAUUGACGAUUAUCUGAACCGGUC